AUGUCAAGACAGAUGAGUGAGGAAAGCAAUCCAAGGACUUUAUACGUGGGUAAUUUGGAUGCUUCGGUAUCUGAAGAUUUGUUAUGCGCGCUAUUUUCGCAGAUUGGCCCGGUGAAAGGUUGUAAAAUAAUACGAGAGCCAGGAAAUGAUCCUUACGCUUUCCUGGAAUUUACUAACCAUCAGGGUGCUUCUACAGCCUUGGCCGCUAUGAAUAAAAGAUUAUUUCUUGAUAAAGAAAUGAAAGUGAAUUGGGCAACUUCUCCAGGAAAUCAACCGAAACAGGACACCAGUAAUCAUUACCAUAUAUUUGUGGGUGAUUUAAGUCCAGAGAUAGAAACUCAAACUCUGAGAGAAGCUUUUGCACCGUUUGGAGAAAUAUCCAAUUGCAGAAUAGUCAGAGAUCCACAAACUUUGAAGUCUAAAGGUUAUGCAUUUGUGUCAUUUGUGAAGAAAGCCGAGGCUGAAAAUGCUAUAGCUGCUAUGAAUGGCCAAUGGUUAGGAAGUCGCAGUAUUCGUACUAAUUGGUCAACAAGAAAGCCACCUCCUCCAAGAAGUGAAAGGCCAAGGAAUCCUAAUGCAAAAAAUCCAACAUAUGAGGAAGUAUAUAGCCAAUCCAGCCCUACUAAUUGCACUGUAUACUGUGGGGGUUUCAUAAAUGGUAUUUCUGAAGAAUUGAUGCAGAAAACUUUUGCACCAUUUGGCACUAUUCAGGACAUUCGUGUUUUUAAGGACAAGGGAUACGCUUUUAUCAGAUUUACUACUAAGGACUCUGCGACAAGAGCUAUUGAAGCUAUUCACAACACUGAGAUCAAUGGACAAGCAGUGAAAUGUUUCUGGGGCAAGGAGACAGGAGAUCCAAAUCAGAUUCACAAUGCUAAUCAGGCUCCAGCGGGAGGGCAGUACCCUUAUACUUAUGGUCAGCAAAUGGGUUACUGGUAUCCUCAAGGUUACCCAACUGCCCCAGCAUCAGCACCUCAGCUUCAGAAUCAAUAUCUGCAGGGUUAUCCUUAUGGUCAAUUUGGAUAUCAGCAAGGUUAUAUGGGAAGAAUGGGGAUGCAGAUAGCGUCACCUUGGCAGGGCAUGCCUGCUGCUCAAACUCCUGUCACUGGAACUGCUCCGCAGAUGGCAGCUGCAGCCCAAGGUUCUGCUAUACAACAACCAGGAGCUGGUAUGAUGGCCUAUACUAUGCAACAGUUUCCAACUCAGUGA